CGUCAACAAUUGUAACGGUUAUGUUAUGAACAAGACAAGAAAGAGUCCGUGAUAUUUUGUACUUACUGUGUAUAUUUUAUUUGUUGUUUUUAAAAAUUCGAACAUGGAUUCAUUUACCGAGAGCCUCUUAUCAAGGGCUAGGGAGCGGCAAAAACUUUUGGAAAACUACAACGGUGAGGGGAGUGGGAACAGUUUUUCUAGUAAAAGAGUUGCCCUCUCGCAAACAAAUUUAAAUUCCGAAAGCCCAAAUAAGUUAAUUCACAAUCACAAAAGUAAUUCAGACGGGAACAUUACAAAAAUCGCUCAUCAAAGCCCCACAACGCUCGUUUCGUCGGAUUUCUCGUCUCACAAAACGCUUAACAUACAAAACGAUGAUUUCAAUAUGGAAAUUAAAGUAAGUUCUGCGGACAAUGUACGUGUUGAGGUUCAAAUUGAGGAGGAUAAUUCUCAGGAUAGUAGUCAGACUGAAAAAAAUCAGGGUGGUCUUCGAACAAAUGCAAAGAAUAGGCUGGAUAGAUUGGGGAAGUUGUAUGCAGGGGGAGAGGAUGCUGAUAUUUCAUCUCCAAUUCACCAGACUGAAGCUAAAUUUUAUGCUGAAACGUCCCCAAAAGGUUGUACACCAGCUAGUACAAAAACAAAAAGAGGACUGAGUAAACUGGCUGAUUUGGCACAAAAUUUUACUGAGUAUGAAGAUGAUUUGACUAGUAUACGCAAAGACACAGCUGAAAAACCAUCAGCUAUGACCAAAAAGUCAAGAAAACCGCCGGCACCGAAACCUCCAGCACCCCAACCAUCCCAACCAAGUCCGUCGAAACCAUCAGCUAAAUUCAACAGCCCAGUUCCACCUCCCGUACCUGCAGAACCCUCCAAACGAGAUGGUAAAUUCCAAUGGGACAAAAAAGUGCUCGAUUCUUUGGAAUCACAAGGUUUUAGUCGCACAGAAUCCAGCACCCGCCUAAUUUACAAAUACGACCCUAAAAGAGAAAAGGAGAAUAUGGACGAAAAAGGCAAAAGAGACUGUGAACAAACGAAAAUUCCACCCCUGAAACAAAAGGCUCCGUCACGCACAAAUCUCAUCGCUGAUAAGGCUGCUCGUUUCGAGUCGCCCCAAAACACCCCUACGAAAGACCCCGCUUUGAUGUCCGUGUCCGAAAGGAAAGCAUUGUUUGAAAAAAAUAAAGGAACUCCGCUGAUACCGAAAGCCGCCUUUGCGAUGCCAACACCGCAAGCUAAGCCUGAUUCAGCUAAAGAGAAAAACGUGAAGAAAAGCGUCUCACAAACUCCCGUUAAUCAAGAAUCGGUUUCUUUGAAGGCCGGAGGGAUUGCGAAUAAAGUUGCUGCGUUGUUUGAAAACAAAAGUACCAUUUCACAACAGCAAAUCGAGAAGAACGUACAAGCGCAAAGGAAACAAGAAAUGGAUAUGCUGCUGAAUAGGUUUCACAAACCUGUUGAGGUAAUAACAGAAGAAACCGAGUAUGAUGACAACGCUACUGAAGAAACUGCCAUGAUAGAAAAAACACCUUCAGAAGUGAUCACUGUUGUUCCUUCAAAAGAAGAAAGGAGAAGUAGCGGCAAUAAGAGAUGUAGCAAAUCGGAUAGUCCUAAAGUAGCUGCCGUCCUCAACGAUGUCAAACGCAUCAAAGUCUCGCCGCAGAAAGCCGGAAGACUAUAUCCGAGCUUAACGGAUAUUGAAUCAGUGACUGAGACUGAAAACGAAACGAGGUCGACAACACCAAACGAUAAUAGCAGCUUUGAGAACAGUUUUGCUGAAUCUGAUGAUGCAAACACCAGCUUUGGGCGAGAUAUUCUUCGAGCUGUGUGCAAGAAUCAAAGUUCGCAAAAAAACCAAAUCGUGGACGAUAGUAGCGACUUGUCAGACGUUUUGGAUGACAUGGAUGACUAUAUUGACGAAGCUUUAGCUUACAGUGGGCAUACAGAUGGCCCUUCGCCUCCCAAACAAGGCAGAAAAUCACCUCUAGAAACUUCGUACUCUUUCAACUAUAAAAAUUUUCCGUCAGAAAGUCCUUCCCAAUUUAAAUCACCCAUAAAGACUCCCAUGCGUACAGAAGACGCUAAAGACCUUCCUACGCACGUUGUCGAUGGCGACAAUAUCUUACCUUUAACGCACACCGUCAGUUUUUAUCGGAAACAACAAACCCAAACUUCCACAACACCAAUUCGACAAAUUUCGCGACAACCUCUAGUGGAAGAAACCCCAGAAAACAACCCCGAAGAAGAAGAGUUAAUUCAAAAGAAAAUCAACGUGCUUAAAAUUGAGAUCGCAAAACAAGAACUCAUCAUUUCGCAGACAAGUCAAGCCCUCAACUUGUGUAAUUCUACGUUAGAAUUCAUGGGUUCCACUGAACAAGUGGAAGCGGAACGAGUGCUGCUACUCGCAACGCAUCGUCGGCAAGCUGCAGUGCAUGAAAAACAACGACUAGAAAUCGAGCGAACAAUUCGGCCGCAAAGAAAAGGCGUAGAACAAGUUUACUUACAAAAAGGUGACUUAACCAUCUCGAAGAUUGUGCUGCCGCUGAAACAAAAGUACGUGACGGCCUUAGCUGCAGCGGGCGGCAAAGGACAUCAUGUCGUUUGUUUAAUUAAAUACAACGAGCAAGUUUUGCCAACACAGUUGGUGUCUACUGUGGCUUCCAGCAGUAAAAAUCCAGAGUUAGAACUAAGCGUCCCGGGAACGAUAACACUGCGGGAUGUUUAUAGUGACUUUACUGUAACUUUGGAGGUGUACUGUCUCCAAGCUCAAGAGGAAAUCCUUCCCCAUGACAUCAAAUACCACAUCAAAAAGCCGAGCGCAAAAUUAACACCAAAAAAAUCGAAGCAAGAUUCUCGUUUAAUUCGACCAGUGAAGGAGUCCCCGGCCGGCCCACAAGUCGUGCGUUCACCUACCUUCGCCUUAAUGGGUUACGUCGUGUUUUCUGCAGCCACAACUAAUAAAAAACAGUGGAGUUUAAAUAAUACACCUUCCAUGAGUCCACUGGAAGGCACAGUCGAAAUGUGCAUUUCGUGUCAGAUGGCUACCACAAUCGAACACCGUGGUUUUCUGACAAUGUUUGAAGAUGUGUCAGGUUUUGGAGCUUGGCAUCGCAGAUGGUGCCUACUCAGAGGCGACACUUUGAGCUACUGGAAAUAUCCAGAUGACGAGAAAAAUACGCCACCUAUCAAUUCCAUUCAGCUCUCGGAAUCAAUAACGCAACACGUGGGACCAGUCAGUCGCGAUAUUUGUGCCAGAUUACACACUUUCCUCUUGGAAACUGAAAGGCAGGCUUCUCCGCACGAUAAGGACAGUUUGAUUACAGUGCGCAAAGGACCGAGGACCGUCAUACGGCAUCUCUUGUCGGCUGAUACAAAAGAAGAACGGUUGGAAUGGUGCAGUAAAUUAAAUUCGGCUUUGUGUGUUAAUGUGAGCCGUAAAAGUCGCGACUAAGUCGCUUAAGUUGUAAUAAUAUUAAUAUAAUUUUAAUCUAUGUAUUUUAUAUCAAAUUUAAACAUUAUGUAUAUAUAAGUUUUAAAAAUUUAUUUAUAUAGUGUUUUACAAAAUGGUUUGAAACUUAAGUUUUGAAUCAUUACACACCUUAUGAAAAUCUUAAAUGUAAACUAUAUGACACAAAUUCACCCAUAAAUGUUUUAUUGACUAUAUUAUAGACAUUAAUAAAUCAUUUUAAACUAAA